UCCAUUCCUGGGCGCCGUUCCCACUCCCUGCACCACAGCCUGUCUCCUAGGCCACUAAACCUUGGCUGUCCCUUGCAAUAAAAAAAGCAAGGUGAGGAUAGAGAAGAGCCGAAGCCUGAGCCAGUCUGAGAGCUGCCACCUUCUCCAGGAUCUGACAUGGCUCACCUGAUGACAACACAGCUGCUGCUCCUGGUGUGGGCGGCCGCAUGGGGUGUCCAGCCCAGGACUACUCGGGCCAGGACUGAACUUCUCAAUGUUUGCAUGGAUGCCAAACAUCACAAGGAAAAGCCAGGCCCUGAGGAUAAUUUACAUGAACAGUGCAGUCCUUGGAAGAAGAACUCCUGCUGUUCUACCAACACCAGUCAGGAAGCUCAUAAGGAUAUCUCCUAUCUGUACCAAUUCAACUGGAACCACUGCGGAGAGAUGACACCUGAAUGUAAGCGACACUUCAUCCAAGAUACCUGCCUCUAUGAGUGCUCCCCUAACUUGGGACCCUGGAUCCAGAAGGUGGACCAGAGCUGGCGCAAAGAACGGAUCCUGGAUGUGCCAGUGUGCAAAGAGGACUGUGAGCGCUGGUGGGAGGAUUGUCGCACCUCUUUCACCUGCAAGAGCAACUGGCACAAAGGUUGGAACUGGACCUCAGGGCAUAAUGAGUGCCCGGUGGGAGCCGCCUGCCACCCCUUCCACUUCUACUUCCCUACACCUGCUGCUCUGUGCCAGGACAUCUGGAGUCACUCCUACAAGGUCAGCAACUACAGCCGAGGGAGUGGCCGCUGCAUCCAGAUGUGGUUUGACCCAGCCCAGGGCAACCCCAAUGAGGAGGUGGCAAGGUUCUAUGCCGAGACCAUGAGUGGAGUGGGGCUCCAUGGGGCCUGGCUACUAGUGUGCAGCCUGUCCUUAAUGCUGCUCUGGGUGCUCAUCUGAGUUCCCUCCCAGCCUCCUUUGUGGUGUGGGGCCUCUAACAUCGAGUUGAAAUAAACCAGACAUUCCACAUG